AUGAAGAUUGGAUUCCUAGGACUGGGCGUGAUGGGAACGCCCAUGGCGCUCAAUCUGUGCCGCAAAUUUCCCACCACGGUUUGGAACAGAACGGCCUCUAAAUGCGCGGCGUUAACGCAAGCAGGUGCUGCGCUCGGUCACACUCCAGCCAAAGUGGCAGAACAAUCCGACAUCAUAUUUAUGAUGAUGUUCAACGGGCCUGCUAUACGAUCUAUAAUUGACGACGACUUCAAGCGAGCGCUUAAGGGAAAGACGCUCGUCAACACCAGCUCAGUGUCUGUGGAGUUUAGCCGCAGCCUGGCAGAAGAGAUCCGCGACGCAGGAGGGAAGUUUAUCGAGAUGCCUGUCAGCGGAAGCAAAGUGCCGGCCGAGCAAGGCACCUUGGUGGGAAUGAUGGCGGGCGAUCAGAUUGAGUGCGAGCGCAUCCGGCCUUUCGUGGAGCCGAUAACCAGCGCAGCCAUCUACUGUGGGCCUAUCGGCGCGGGCUUGAAGACAAAGUACGCGGUCAACAUCUUUCUCAUCACGGUUACGGCUGGCCUUGCCGAGUCGAUGAAUCUGGCCCGCGCACAGGGCCUUGAUCUUCAAGCGUUCAGCAGUGUGCUGGAUGCGGGCCCUAUGGCUUCUGCUUAUUCCAAGAUGAAGCUGGCCAAGAUGGCCAAGCAAGAUUGGUCUGCCCAGGCGGCUGUGAAGGAUUGCUACAACCUCACUGAGCUUAUCCAAGAUGCCGCAAAGGCUGCGGACGCAAAAACCCCUCUUAUGGAGGUGUGCAACUCUCUAUAUGGACAGGCAAUGGAAUCUGGUUUCCAAGAUGAGGACAUGAUUGCUGUUUACAGAGUCUUUUCAGGCGACAAGAAGGGCAAUUUGUAA